UACAUAUAGGGUCCUCAAAACAUACUCAAGCCACACACGUUAUGAUCACUCUUGUACUAUGAGUUUAACUCCUAAAUAGUGCUAUACAUAAAGUGAUAAAACACACAAGUUAAUCCAGAAUAACACAACAGUCUCACGCAAACAUGAUCCCUUAUGGCACUGUUGAAGAGGCGUCCGUGGCUUUAGGACGUAACCUGACUAGGCUCGAGACGGCUUGGUUCGAUUACUCAGCCACCAAGUCCAAUUUCCAUGUAUAUUGCCACACCAUUUUGCUUCUCUUCCUCGUCUAUUCCCUCGCUCCUCUCCCUCUUGUGUUUGUGGAAUUGACCGGCUGGUUCGAACAGUACAAGAUUCAGCCCAAGGUUAAGUAUUCGUUGUCUGAAAUGUUCCGAUGUUAUAAACAAGUCAUGAAGUUGUUCCUUCUUGUCGUCGGCACAUUGCAAAUCGUUUCUUAUCCUUCGCUCCAGAUGGUAGGGAUUCGAAGUGGUUUGCCAUUACCAUCGUUAAUGGAGAUAGUAGCACAGCUAGUGGUUUACUUCUUGAUAGAAGAUUACACUAACUACUGGCUGCAUAGAUGGUUGCAUUGCAAAUUGGGUUACGAGAUGAUUCAUCGAAUCCAUCACGAGCACACAUCGCCGAUCGGAUAUGCAUCGCCGUAUGCACAUUGGGGAGAGAUCUUGAUCCUUGGGAUCCCAACGUUUCUUGGACCCGCGAUUGCUCCUGGCCACAUUAUCACCUUUUGGUUAUGGAUAGCUUUACGCCAAAUAGAGACCAUUGAGACUCACAGCGGAUAUGAUUUUCCAUGGACUCUGACAAAAUUAAUUCCAUUUUAUGGUGGAGCUGAGUAUCAUGACUACCACCACUACGUUGGAGGACAAAGCCAGAGCAACUUUGCUUCAGUUUUCACGUACUGCGAUUACAUCUAUGGAACUGACAAGGGCUAUCGAAUCCAUAAGAAGCUUCUUCAUCAGCAGAUCAAAGAGCAAGCUGAGGAGAAGGGUGGAACGAAAUUUGAUUAGUACUUUUUAAAGAGGGUUGAAAAGUCUCAACAGGUUGAGAUAAGAAUAAAUAAAAUGUAAAAAUAAAGUAUUAUAUGAUCUAUAUUGUCGCUCUCUAACAAUGAUUAAAAUAUAUAUAUUUUAAAAAUAAUAUAUAUGAACCUUUAAGGGUA